UCGCACGACUUUGUCUCUAUAUGCAGGCCCUAACAAUUUUCUCUUUGUCCAUCCUGAAAAAAAAUUUUGAAUGAGACAGGGCCUUAACCAACGGUGAAAAGCUGGUAUAAUUAGAUAGGUUUUAUUAUUAACCACUUGACUUUAUAUAAAUAUAACUAAAUAUGAGACCAAUAAAGUUGAUGGGUCACGAGCGUUCGUUGACUCAAGUUAAAUAUAAUAGAGAAGGGGAUUUAUUAUUCUCUGUUGCAAAAGAUAAUGCAGCUUCGAUCUGGUAUUCAUCUAAUGGGGAAAGAUUAGGAACUUUAGAAGGUCAUCAAGGGGUAAUUUGGUCUAUUGAUGUUGAUCCAGAAAGUUUCUUAUGUGCCACCGGUGGAGGGGAUUUGGCUGUUAAAUUAUGGAAAGUUGAAACUGGUGAAUGUGUCUUUACUUGGGAUUCUCCAUCUCCAGUUAGAAGAGUUUCAUUUUCUCCAGAUGGUAAAAAAUUAUUAGCUAUUGCUGAUCAAGUUAUGGGUCAUAUAGGUACUAUUAUUGUUUAUGAUCUUAAUUUGGAUGAUUUAUCUAAUCAAAGUAUUGAACCUUCAUUGAUCAUUAGAACUGAUCCAAAUAGUGCUAAGGCUAAUGUAGCAGAAUGGACUGCUGAUGGAAAAUAUAUAAUUGCUGGUCUUGAUAAUGGUUAUAUAUCAAAAUAUGAUUCUGUUACCGCCGAAUUAGUGGAUUCUGUUCAAGCUCAUGGAAUUCAUAAUGAAGAAAAAAUUCAUUCUAUCACUGAUAUUCAAUUAUCUCCAGAAGAUGGCUCAUAUUUUAUUACUUCAUCAAAGGAUAAAUGUGCUACUUUAAUAGAUGUUGAAACUUUUAAAAUCUUAAAAGUAUAUAUAGCUGAUGCUCCAAUGAAUACUGCUGCUAUAACUCCAGUUAAAGAUUUCGUUAUCUUAGGUGGUGGUCAAGAAGCUAGAAAUGUUACAACUACUGCUGAAUCUCAAGGUAAAUUCGAAGCUAGAUUCUAUCAUAAAAUCUUUGAAGAAGAAAUCGGACGUGUUAAAGGUCAUUUCGGUCCUUUAAAUACUAUUGCUGUUCACCCAGAUGGUUUAGGUUAUAGUAGUGGUGGGGAAGAUGGUUUCAUUAGAGUACAUACAUUUGAUAAAUCAUAUUUUGAUUUCCUUUUCGAUGCUGAAAGAACUGAAAAGGCUGCUGCUUCUGGUACUAUUUGAUCAAACUAUUUUAAUUCACUAUGAAUUUCCUGCAUACUUACUGUUCCUUAAUCUGUUUCACUCAAUUUCCACUUUAAUAGAGCGUAUCACUAGUCCUAGAUGAUAGUGAAUACUUCUUUAAUGCCUUGUAUAUUAUUACUAUAUUCAAUACAUACUUAUUUUCUCAUAUGAAAACUGAGAAUUCGUAUCAGAAAGAUAUUGUAGAAUCGCAUAUGUCAAAUAAGCUUUUAGACUUUAGUUCUGGUUACAAGCUGUGGUUUUAGACAUGUUCUUCCGAGUCAUCCAGCUACAACACACAUUCAUAGCUAAUUCAUUUCAAUUAAGAUCUUUAAAUUAUAUUAAUUCCUUUUCAAUAAAAGUUCACUAUAUUCAGAUU